AUGAAUCGGAUCUGCCAUGAGUCUUGUUACAUGGUAACUGAAGCGUCUGCUGAUGUGCCAGUGCAGCAGUUAAUAAAUCCAAGUGCGAAAAAAUCUGAGGAACCGUUGUUGGCUUCAAAUCCAUCGCGCUUCGUCAUAUUCCCGAUUAAAUAUCACGAUAUAUGGACAUUCUACAAGAAUGCUGUUGCAUCGUUUUGGACUGCUGAUGAGAUUGAUUUAUCGCAUGACUAUGGGGACUGGCAACAAUUGACCGACAACGAGAGAUUCUUUAUCUCGCGUGUUCUUUCAUUUUUCGCCGCAUCCGAUGGUAUUGUUAACGAGAACUUGACAAAAAAUUUUUCUGUGGAAGUUCAAAUACCCGAGGCAAGAUUCUUCUAUGGAUUUCAAAUAAUGAUUGAGGGUGUGCAUUCGGAGAUGUAUUCGAAAAUGAUCGAAGUCUACAUCAGAGAUCCUGUUGAGCAAAUACCGUUAAUGAAAAGUGUUCACUUUGAGGGUUUGCAUCGUGAUUUCGCUUGUCUUCUAUACAAAUACAUCGUCAACAAACCCAGCCAAGAAAAGGUUUAUGAAAUCAUCAAAGAAGCUGUUCGCCUCGAGCAGGAAUACCUAACCGAGGCGCUGCCAGUAAGUUUGAUCGGAAUGAAUUCAAAGUUAAUGUCAGAAUAUAUUGAAUACGUUGCUGAUCAUCUACUCACUGAGCUCAGCUACCCAAAGCUUUACAAUGCGAAAAAUCCGUUCGAUUUUAUGGAGAAUUUAUCGAUUGAAGCGAAAACGAAUUUCUUCGAACGUCGCGUCAGUGAAUAUCAAAAAGCCGGCGUGUUGAGUGUCGAGAAGGAGAAGACGUUCGAUCUAGAUGCAGCCUUUUGA